AUGCACUUCGAUGAGCCGCCGGAUGGAGGCUGGGGAUGGGUGGUGGUGGCAGCAGGUUUCCUCACGCAUGUCAAUGUGUUGGGGUUGCAGUACUCGUUUGGGAUCUUCUUUAAGGUUCUAUUGGAAGAUGAAAGCCUCGGCAGCAAAGGGUCCAUUGCCUCUGCUCUGAUGCUCCUCUGCUCGUAUCCUGCUGGCGUGCUGGUCAGGCGCUAUGGCAUGCGUAUCGUUCCGCUAGUGGGCUCGCUGCUGAUCUCGUGCGGGCUCUUCCUCUCAAGGUGGCACUUGGUCUCAUCGCUCUGGAUGCUCUACUUCACCUACGGAUUGAUCGCUGGCGUCGGGUUCGCGCUCACCUGGGCGCCAGCUGUCAUUGCUGUCAACCGAUAUUUCACAAGCAAGCGCGCUCUCUGCUCUGGACUGAGUGUUGCCGGGAGUGGUAUAGGAACAAUCAUCUUUGCGAGCAUCACAAGCGUCUUGAUCGACUUGAUCGGCUGGCGCUCCACGCUUCGAGCCCUCGCCAUCAUCACAGGCGAGAAGGAGGAGGAGCGCAGCAACGCUCAUGCUGCGACGCAGAAAACGGAAACAAAGAAGCCGGGAGAGCAGAUGGCUCUUGUGCUGCUCGUCUAUGCUGCCGUCUUGUGGAUCCCUUACACGUUUCUUGUGGCUUUUGCGGAGGGCGAAGUCGGAUUGACAUCUUCGCAGUCGGCAAGGCUCGUUGCCAUCAUGGGCAUAUCGUCGACGAUUGGAAGGCUGCUGAUAGGCAGGGCGGCGUCGUUUCUCUCACAGAUGAAGCUGCUACAAGCCAGCAUGGCGAUCACUGGACUCGCUGUCGCCUCCCUCGCAUUCCUCCCACAGCAAGAAGCGACCCUGGUUCUCUUCGCCAUUUUCUUUGGCAGCUUUGCAGGAAGCGUCGUAGCGCUGAUAGCUCCCAUCCUCGUCGAACAGAUCGUCGAGAGCAGAGGAAGGCAAACAGGGGGGGAGAGGGUUGGAGCGGUGAGCAAGGCUCCUGGAGUUGUUCUUGCGGCGCCGCUGGGAGGGGCUCUAAGGGACAUGACCUCCUCCUACUUCCUCACUUGGGCAGCUCCAGGGCUGCUCAUGGUAGCCACCUCCUUCCUCAUACCUGCCAUUCAUAUGGCCAAUAGCUCAGCCGUUGAUGAGCGUCGCUCGAGCCACCUGUAUCAGUAG